AAAAAUGCAUUGCUGGCCGUGAUUAAUGCAAAAUCAAUUCCGAACAUGAUUGGACACGAUAUGAACAAUUUUUUCCAUGACGAAAAACAACACACAGUAGUAUUGUGCGUCAGGUCAUUUAUCUAUAAUAGUGCUAGCGAUUAACCGCCGACUUCGUGACAGACGCAAAUUGGUUGCGGGAGACAUUUCAUUUCAUUUUGGGAAAAAUAACUGACGGUUUUUUGUCGGCUUUUUUAUACAGUCAAAAGCUGUUGUUUGUCAAAGCCAUACGAUUGUUUUGAACAAAAAUAUCAUAUCACGUUAUUUACUCCCUUAGACACACAUCAUGCGCGCAUGGGAUCGCGCGCGAACGAACUUUCGCGCAAUGGACUGCCGCAACACACAAGCGAUGAUAUCUUGCCAUUGUGCUGUGCGAGUCUAUUACGAAAACAACUCACUCAAAUGCCGUUGUGUGUGAUUAAGCACCUAAGCCGUAGAGGCUACGUGCAAAAUUUUGGUUUCCGAUCAAGUAAUAAAUUGACGUUGACGACAGCGGUUAAUCAGUUCGUUACCGACUUUCACUCAGGCAACACAUCAUUCGUGUGUACGCUCCAACCAAACGAUCAUCGAAGCAAACAAGCGGCAAUUGAAAAACAAGAAAGAGAAUUGCUGAAAUUUAUUAAACCCAUUACUGGAAUUUUUCGCUGAUUUUUUGGGCGUUUUUUUUUAUUAGUCAACCUGAAAAGGAUAUUUAAAAAAAAAUCAUAAUAUAAAUUGUGCUGAAGAGUGAAUAUUUGGGAGAAGAACCAGUAAAUCCAAGUAAACAGUGUGUUGCAUCAGAAAAAGUUCAAAACGGCGACGUCGGUCAUUUUUGCACCCGACACCAGCAGGACACACUUAAAAUAGAAUGUUAAAUCUGAUUUCAUUGCCAAUGAAAAUCCUCACUCCAAUCAUACAACGGACUGAAAAGUGAUAGACAAAUAAAAGUAAAUCGACAAAUUAAGAAAAACAGCCACCCUCAACAGCAACGACCGCAUAAAUCGGAAUAAUCUCAACCAAUUGUGUGUGCGUGUUGGUACAUUUAAAAUCUAACGCAUAAGUGAAUCAACGGUUAAAGCUUGCUGAACAUUUGUACAGACAGCACCGUAACGUCUUUGUUUCAUUUGUUGAAUUUUUUCUCGCGAAACCAUUCGGGUUUUGAGUGGAAUUAUAUUGGAGAGAUAGAGUAAAAAAAAAGCAAAAAUCAAACGUGAUGUAUUUCCAAGGUCAAUAUCAAUAUGCUAUAUGCAUUGAUUUGGUUACCACGUCCUGGGAUCAUCGUAAUUUCUCGCAGGCCGAUGCGAUUGAUCGUCAAGAAAUUAUCGAAUUCCCAGCCGUGCUGCUUAACCUACAGUCUCGUAUAAUCGAAGCCGAUUUUCACACAUUUGUGCGUCCAACUGAAGAGCCGAAGCUGAGUGAUUUUUGUAAAAAUUACACGGGUAUCCAACAGAGCGAUGUUGAUACGGCACCCACUUUAUCGGAGGCGAUACGCAAAUUUCAUGAUUGGAUCGACAGUUUUCGAUUUGCCAAAGGAAUCGUACUAAUCGACGAUGCUAAACGGAAACAAAAUACCGUAUUUAUAACAUGGACUGACUUUGAUCUCGGCAUUUACUUGCCAACAGAGACUACACGCAAGAAUUAUAAGCUUCCAAGAUACUUCAACAAAUGGAUCGAUCUUCGAGACUACUACAGUCUCUGGACUGGCAUUGAUCGUGUCAUUUCAUUUUCGUUUGCCCUAAAAAUGGUUGGAAUGCCAUUUUUCGGUCGGUUGCACUCCGGAGCCGAUAAUGUUAGAAAUUUAGCUCGAUUGGUAUGCAAGAUGACGCGGGCCGGCAUCGAACUAACAAUUAACAGCGAAAGUGAUUAUUUCAAAAUUUCAUCCUAAAUUCAAACACAAAUCAAAGAUAUACCUUAAUUUUAAGCAAAACCUCAAUAUGAAGGCUGUAAUUAUUCUGUUAAACAUUUCGAAUCGAUUAGAUUUAAGAUGCGAUUUUAGAUAGAGUUUUAAUGUGAUUUUUGUUUUUUUUUUUUCCAAUCGUUGAAUAAUUAUGGUGAUAAUGUUACCAAAAAUAAAUUAUGUCUGUUUGUUUAAACGUGAUUGUAAAUUAGUCAGAAUAAGUCCAUUAAAAAAAAAAAAAAUAAAUCGGAACUGAUUAGAUCUUACGAAAAAAAUCACGAAAA